AACAGCAAGGAUGGAACGUGUCUCUGAGGGGGAGCAAAUAUUUGGCCAAAAGCACGCUUCGAAAAAGUAGGCACCUCUGCUGAAUAUUUCCAUUCCUUUCAAUGCAAAACAUUCACAUCAAAUCUCGCAUUUAAACUCCGGCAUUAUAAAUGAUAAAGAAGGGAUCGCCCAGGUGAAAGUAAGGUAAAACCCGCGGAGUUAGUUUGAACAGCGCGUGCAGGUGUGCGAACAAAAUCAGCAAACAAGUGCAUUAAUUUGCGUGGAGCGUGUGGUGCUGCGGGACCAAGUGUGUAAUGUGGUUGUCACUGUCUGUAUUAAUUACACUCACGUCCUGACGGUGCGCGACGACACAGCCUACUGCAGAACGUUGACAAUUAAAAGGACUGGAGAAAAAAUGGAAAGAUUUAACAUAUCGCUGUCGAGAAAGUUUGCGUUUCCUGUUAUUUUUUUAACUCUCGCAGUGUACACAGCCUGCCUGUUGUUGAGGAUAACUCCCUGCACAACUUGGAGAGAUGCAACAAGUGGUUAUGAUAUUAAUGAACGUGAUCUAGCCGAAACCACAUCAAGAGAAACAAAGAAAACAGAGCAAAGCACACGAACAGCAAAAGCAAAUAUGCAUUUUACCAAAGAGCAAGGACUAUCUGACGUGAAAUCAAUCUCAGGGACGAAAAUAGAAAAAUCUGAAAAAAUAUCGCGGAUGAGUGGGAGAAACAAAGUAACAAGAAGGAAUAGAGCUGACAAAUCAAAAUUGCACGUACAUAGGUACAACUACAUUAUUAAUCCUCGUUAUUUUUGUCAUAACGACAUUUUCAAUAAUAGUGUGUUUCUUCUUGUUAUGGUUCCGUCUGCUCCAGAGAAUUUCGAAAGACGCCUUCAGCUGCGAAAAACGUGGGGCAGUAUAAGUCAGGCGCUAGGGGAGCGUAUUAGCACGGUAUUUGUGUUAGGACAAAGUUCUGAUCAUAAACAACAAGAAAGGAAUAUGUUGGAAGCUGAAAUCUUUCGGGAUAUCUUAAAAAUUGAUUUCAAUGACACAUAUAGGAAUCUUACAUUAAAAACAUUAUCCGCUAUGCGUUGGGCGCUUACUUAUUGCGACAAAGCCAAAUUUAUCAUGAAAGCUGACGACGACAUCAUAAUGCAGUAUAAACUAGUAGUGCGAACACUUCUCGCACGGAUUGCGGUGAAAAAUACAUCGGACUGUUUUAUGGGGUUUGUUGUCAAAGACAGAGCUCCAAUUCGAGAUAACUCUAGUAAAUGGCAUGUUAGUGAAAAUGAAUACGCCGGAUCGAAGUUUCCACCGUAUGUGAACGGCCCGAGCUACAUUAUGGCCAUGCCAACCGCUCGGAAAUUGUUGUCCGCUGCUUUCACGUUGCCGUAUCUUUCCAUGGAAGACGCUUUCUUGGGGAUUGCAGCAGAAAAAGCCGGGGUUACGCCAGAGAAUGACAAACGCUUCAUACCAGCGAUAUGGCCUGGGGAUGAAUACAGUUUUUGUGCUUACCAACACAUGUUAACAAUCCACGACGUCCCCGAGAAUGUAAGACAACAGUUUUGGAGUGAUUUGAAACGAGCAAAAAGUUUUAAAUGCCCAAUGCUUGAUUGGGAUAAUUUUGCAUGGUUUAAAAUGAAAUUUGGUUUGUUUGAAAUAAGCACCACCCCAAAACGUACCUUUAAGACAGCCAAGAGUUUCUAGGUGGGACACGCAGCAAAGGGCACAACAAAAAUAGGUAAAACAUUACGAAUCAACACUAGUUCUCGAAGUCGCCACGGGCAAUUCAUUGCCGAUGGUAAUUCAAAGGACUUUCAGGUCAAAACUGGAGGCUUAAUUUCAGCUGUAGUUUACAGGUACAUAUCGCGUAUGACCUUAAUGUUAUUUAGUUUGGGCUUCCAGUUUACAUGUUCUUUAAUCUCUAUGUCGUGACAUUUUGCUGUAGCCAUACUACUGUGGUCAAACCACAUUGGGCAGUGACCUUAACAUUGUUAUUCAGACAUUAAUGCUUAAUUAUACAGCUUACCUUUUUUCCUUUUGUUUUUCAAAUAUAUCAGUUGACAGUUCCAGCAUUAUCAAUAUCCUUAUGCUUUAAGUGUAAAGUGCAUUUU